CCAACAUGGCGUUAACAUAAAAUACCCUAAAAAUUCUCAGUUUGACAUAGUCGUGAUUUUUGAACUAGUAGAUUCCGCAACUUAAAACUUACAUUUUCAGAUUCUACACGUCGAAAACUACAAGAUUUCAAAUAAAAAAGUCUAUAAUUUUUAGACCACUAAAGUAGAAUUCAACCCAAAAUCAAAUUCCACUUGAAAAAUUAAUUUAGUUCUAUAUAUAAGCUAAGGAAAGAUUAAUUUCUUUGAAUUUACUAGUAAUAAUAUAAAACAAUAGUGUGUACUUAUUAAACACUGACGUUUGCAAUAUCUUUAUGGUUUUUACUACAAGUUUUCGAUCUUUCUUUUCUAUGAUCAAUGAAAUAAAAGUAUUUUGUUUGUAAAAUGUGCAUGGUACUAUCACAACAUUGUUUAAAAACGUAGAAUUAAAAUUAUAUAAAAAUGACACUUCUUCUGAAGCUUUCAACAUGGAAAAAUCUAAUAAAAAGAUCAUUUUCACCAAGGAAUCAGAUAAUAACAAUAUCAAAGUUCGAUAUUCAUACGUCGGAAUAUUCUUUCCAUAGUGAAUAUGAAAUGCAAGACCCAAAAUCAGAAGCUGAUAUCGUUAAUGUUACUUUUAUUGAUAAAAUGGGAAAAAGAAUACCUAUAAAAGGGAAAGUGGGAGAUAAUGUACUGUAUUUAGCCCAUAGAUAUGGAAUUGAAAUGGAAGGUGCUUGCGAAGCAUCUCUUGCUUGUACCACUUGUCACAUAUAUGUACAUCAUGAUUAUAUGGAUAAACUCCCAACAGCUGAAGAAAAAGAGGAGGAUUUAUUAGAUUUAGCUCCAUUUUUAAAAGAAAAUUCUAGAUUAGGUUGUCAAAUUAUAUUAACAAAAGAAUUAGAUGGUAUAGAAUUAGAACUGCCUCAAGCAACAAGAAAUUUCUAUGUAGAUGGCCACACACCAGCUCCACAUUAAUAAAUUUUUUCCUUUGUAUUUAGCUUAAUAUGUACAUAUUUUAUUCAUUUAAUUAGUAUAAUUGUAAAUUUAUAUAUUAUAUAUAAAAUGUAAAUGUAAUAUAAAUUGAAUAUUAUGUAGCACAUAA